AUGCCGCCGGAGUUACGAAAACGCAAAGUAUCUACGGUUGAGACUCCGACGGCCGCAACUGUAAAGAAAUCUAAGCAGAUAAAGACUUUAAGAGGUAUCACUGAGUCAAAGAUAGUCCCUAAGGUAACCAAGACCAAACCCAAAUCUCCUUCAGAAGCGCCCAUCAAGAAAGCAGCAGGUGCAAAUCUGAAGUCGGCGAAUUCUAAAGUUAAGGUAGGCGAGACUCUAUCGCUCGAUGGCUUUGGCGGAGAAAUUGAGACGAACGAGGGGGUGACGACAACUCUGCAAGAAUUGGUUGAUGAAAGUACGGCUGGCGUUGUUCUCUUUACCUACCCAAAGGCAUCUACACCUGGUUGCACAACUCAGGCGUGUCUUUUUCGAGACCAAUAUAAAUCCUUAACUGCCAGCGGCUUCUCUAUUUACGGUCUUUCUAAAGAUUCACCUAAGUCGAACUCGAAUUUUAAGACCAAACAGAAGCUGCCAUAUCCUUUGCUUUGUGACCCAAAUGCAUCUUUAAUUACGGCUAUUGGUUUACGAAAACCACCCUCGGGUACUACGCGUGGCGUCUUCGUUAUAGAUAAAACUGGUAAGGUAUUGGCUACUGAGCCAGGUGGUCCUGCCGCUACUGUAGAAGUAGCAAAAAGAAUCAUUGAGCAAGGUACCAGCGAACGGCUAUCAGCAAGUGACGAGGAAGAUGAAUCCGAGUAG